CCCGGUGCCUGCGGAGAAAGAGAGGUCUCGCCCGGCCCCAACCCCGCCCCCACCCCCAACCCAGCCAGCGCCACCGAAGUCGCAAAAACACCACCCGCGAGAAGCCUCUCUCUCCCUCUCACCACCCGUGACUUCAAUUCCUCUGGAAUCAGAGCAUCUCAAUUGCCCGCGACCGAGGAGCCUCUCUCUCCCUCUCUCCCAUCGGCGCCAAUGGACGCGUCGUGAGCACACGGUUGGAAGCAGCAAGCCGCAGGAGCCUCCCUUCCCGUCGCCCCCGCCUUCGCGGAAGGCGCCAUUUGAUUUGAUUUGGCGCGGAAAUCCUAGUCCGUACCUCCCAUGGGUGUCUCCAUCGCCGCCUCCGCCUUCUUCCCGGGGUCGCCUGCGCCGGCGCCGGUCGCGCCCAAGAACGCCCUCGGGGAGCGCCCGGACAGCCUGGACGUCCGCGGCGUUGCCGCGAAGCCGGGUUCCUCGUCGGGUACUCUCAGGGCAGGCAAGACACGCGCUCACGCCGCCGUCCCCAAGAUGAACGGCGGCAAGUCGACGGUGGCGGAUGGGGAGCACGAAACCGUGCCCUCCUCGGUGCCGAGGACGUUCUACAAUCAGCUCCCCGACUGGAGCAUGCUCCUCGCGGCCAUCACGACCAUCUUCUUGGCCGCCGAGAAGCAGUGGACGCUGCUCGACUGGAAGCCCAAGCGGCCUGACAUGCUCAGCGAAACGUUUGGCUUUGGCCGGAUCAUACAUGACGGGUUCAUGUUCAGGCAGAACUUCUCCAUUAGGUCCUAUGAGAUUGGGGCCGAUAGGACGGCGUCUAUAGAGACGCUGAUGAACCAUUUGCAGGAAACUGCUCUUAAUCAUGUGAAGACCGCCGGGCUGCUAGGUGAUGGUUUUGGCUCCACACCAGAGAUGAGUAAACGAGACUUGUUCUGGGUGGUUAGCCAAAUGCAGGCCAUCGUCGAGCGUUAUCCAUGCUGGGGUGAUACUGUUGAAGUAGAUACAUGGGUUGGUGCUCAUGGUAAAAAUGGAAUGCGUCGAGAUUGGCAUUUACGUGAUUCUAUGACAGGCCACACGAUAUUGAAGGCAACAAGUAAAUGGGUUAUGAUGAACAAGCUUACUAGGAAGCUUGCAAGAAUUCCAGAUGAAGUACGGACCGAAAUAGAGCCAUACUUCUUUGAGCGCACUGCUAUUGUUGAUGAAGACAACCGAAAACUUCCAAAAUUUCCAGAGGAUCAAAGCGCUACUGCAGCCAAAUAUAUGAGGACAGGCCUGACUCCUCGGUGGGCCGAUCUUGAUAUAAAUCAGCAUGUCAAUAAUGUUAAAUACAUUGGGUGGAUUCUUGAGAGUGCACCCAUCUCCAUUCUUGAGAAUCAUGAAUUGGCGAGCAUUGUGCUAGAUUACAAAAGGGAAUGUGGCCGGGAUAGUGUGCUGCAGUCACACACCACCGUGCACACUGAUUGCAGUAGUGAGUCUGGAGAAACAACCUUGCACUGUGAGCAUCUGCUGAGCCUUGAAUCAGGCCCGACCAUUGUGAAGGCCCGGACCAUGUGGAGGCCGAAGGGAACCAAGGCCCAAGAAACAGUGGCUUCAUCUUCAUUGUGAAGCAUGUGAGGUGUUCGAAACGGUGAUUUUGGCAGCAAACAAUUUGGUAAAAUCAGAAUGGUUACUGGUGUCCUCUACUGGAAGCACACAUGUCAUACAUGGAUGCUAUGUUAUAAUCUCGUAACAUCGCGAGACCUAAGCUAAUCUAAAUAUACAGUGUGUUUGAAAAUGGAGAUCUAAGGGGAGAACAAUGGAGGAGACGAGAAGUGGGGAUGGAAGAUGAAGGCGGCCUCCUGUGCAUGUUUUGUUGUUUCAAUUUUUCCUUUCAUUUCUUCUUCUUUCGUAUGAGAAAAUCUCCUGUGUGACAAAUGGGUGUUGUAAGUAUUGAUUUGUAGCUACUGCUGUAUGAUGGGGAGUGAAUGCUUCCCAUACAUGUUCGUUCUGGGGCUAUGUCCAUAUGUUAUAAGCCCCCUGAAAGCAGGUUGUCUCAGCCAUACUGUUAAAGAAUUUUAAACUCGUAUAUUGUAUUGAUUAGGUUUAAUUUGA